AUGACUGGGCAGCUUUCAUCUGAGAGCAACGUGGCACGGAGAAAUAGCCGCAAAACCCUGCCUCGCCCUUUGGUCGGAUUAUGUGCUAUCGGGUCGCGUCUUCUACAGCCACGUGCCCAUCGAUUGGCAGGCGAGGUAAAGGCCGGAGAAAUGGGAGACCAAUGGAAGGCGGCCGAGGAGGCGCUUAUCCCUUCCGCGCACCGCUCUUCCUUCGCCAGCGCUUUCGAUGCGCUUGGCCCUCGUGUACGUAGGUAG